GUAUAAUUUUAUUAUAAUUGUAUGACACUUGUUAAAAAAUUAAUGCUAAAAACGCAAAUGUACGUAACCAAAUCAUAAUGAAGAUUUUCGUUGCAUUGUUGAUUGUUGGUGUAUUUGGAGCCCUAGGGCGCCGCUCGGACAUAGACAUCAACAGAAUUAAACAAAUAUCAAAUCAAGUACCGCUGAAUCCCGAACAUAUACAAGAAAACGAUAGGCUAAUUUUAAGAAGCAAUGAUUAUGACGAUCAUAGCAGCUGGUACCAGCACGCGCCGGCGCUACCCCCUCCUCGUACCGCAGAAACCUCCAAGACCCCGGUUAAAGUCCACCAGCCACGCGAAGACCCGCGUUUGUACUAUCAAUCUGACGCGUAUCUUAACGAGCAUGUUAGGGAAAAAGUGAAUGAAGAAGUUACUUUCGUGUAUCCUGGCAGACAAGUUGUGCGAGCUGGUGAGCGCGCAGAGCUUUCUCGAAUACAAUCUAAGGACGUGGACACCUUUGCUGCUCAUGACAACAUAUGUGUGAAAUGCCCACAUGACGUAACGUUGGUAGCAAAAGCAUCAUCUGGACGAGUCGUGCUGCAGAGCCCAACACUUCGCGCGUGCUCGGGACGAAAAGCGCCCAGAAAUGCAAGAUUUGUGCACAUGUACGGACCGAGGAUAGGCUCUUUAUUGGAGCAAGGGUCUCACAUGAUCAUUGGGCGAAUAAUGUUCAAAAACAAGAAUCUCCAGUUAUGUAAAAUGCAAGUGCACGUUGUCGCUCAGGGUUGUGCGACACCGAAGCACUUGGUAGCCCAUUGCUGGGACCAGAACAAGCAAUGCAACUUCACUUGUUACAACAAACACCUCGAGCUAAGUGGACUGAUGACGCAAGUAUGCGGCGACGAUAUGAAGUGGAAAGGAGAUCUUCCGGUUUGCAAAGCCAGAACAUGGUGCGAGCUGCCCCCGCCGCCCGAGCGAGGACGCGUCAGCUGCCAAGGCGCUACCGUCGGCAACGGCAACGGACUUGCCGAAGGCUCGCGAUGCCGUGUCAAGUGUAUGCGUGGCUUUAGAAGCUCUCGCGUGACGCCAGUUUGCCGCCGAGGUGCUUGGACGCACGCUCUCGUCUGUCAGCCAAUUCGCAAAAGGAACACCAAGCCAUAAUUACAUAGCGAUGUGCCGGAGCAGCGUGACAACGCACGAGCACGACGUCUACUUUUUU